CCCCUCCCUCAAGUCUCGCGACAGCGGCCUGUGCUCCCGAGAGUCGGCGCGCAGACAUUCACUUUCAACUAUGGCGACUAAGGUGGUGACAGCCGCCAGCAGCACCGCCAAGGCCAUCUUAAAGCUAGGGGCCAUCAGCCGCCCUUGGGAGGUUUUAGGUGCCCGGGAGGCCAGCCGCAGGGGCUUCUCCUCACAAACGAUUGGGAGACCAGGCAGCACUUGGCUCAGAAUCUUCCCCUGUGGGGACCGUGGUGGGCACUUCAGUGGGCAGAGCAUCACCUCCACCUAUGGAAAAAGAAGGGUGGUGGCAGAAGCUGGUGUUCUGUUGCCAGCCCAUCCACAGAUGCCUCCGUCUGCUAAGUAUGGAGGCCGACACACCGUGACCAUGAUUCCUGGCGAUGGCAUCGGGCCUGAGCUCAUGCUGCAUGUCAAGUCUGUGUUCAGACAUGCUUGUGUGCCCGUGGAUUUUGAGGAGGUACAGGUGAGCUCUAACGCUGAUGAGGAAGACAUCCGCAAUGCUGUCAUGGCCAUCCGACGAAACCGUGUAGCCUUGAAGGGAAACAUCGAAACCAACCAUAAUCUGCCACCAUCCUAUAAGUCCCGAAACAACAUUCUCCGCACCAGCUUAGACCUCUAUGCCAAUGUCAUCCAUUGUAAGAGCCUGCCAGGCGUGGUGACUCGUCACAAAGAUAUAGACAUCCUCAUUGUUAGGGAGAACACAGAGGGAGAAUACAGCAGCCUGGAACAUGAGAGUGUUUCAGGCGUGGUGGAGAGUUUGAAGAUCAUCACCAAGGCCAAAUCCCUGCGCAUCGCUGAGUAUGCUUUCCGCCUGGCCCAGGAAACUGGGCGCAAGAAAGUGACCGCCGUGCACAAGGCCAACAUCAUGAAACUGGGAGAUGGCCUCUUUCUCCAGUGCUGUAAGGAGGUGGCUGCAGGCUAUCCCAACAUCACUUUUGAGAAUAUGAUCGUGGACAACACCACCAUGCAGCUAGUAUCUCGGCCCCAGCAGUUCGAUGUCAUGGUGAUGCCCAAUCUUUAUGGCAACAUCGUCAAUAACGUCUGUGCUGGUCUAGUUGGGGGCCCAGGUCUUGUGGCUGGAGCGAAUUACGGGCAUGUGUAUGCAGUGUUUGAGACGGCGACUCGGAACACAGGGAAAAGCAUUGCCAAUAAGAACAUCGCUAACCCUACGGCCACCCUGUUGGCCAGCUGCAUGAUGCUAGACCAUCUGAAGCUCCACUCAUAUGCCUCCUCGAUCCGCAAGGCUGUCCUGGCAUCGAUGGACAAUGAAAAUAUGCAUACUCCAGAUAUCGGGGGCCAAGGCACCACCUCAGGAGCUAUUCAGGACAUUAUCCAUCACAUCAGAGUCAUCAACGGACAGGCCAUGGAUGUCUAGCCCUGCCAGCCCCACCAGCUGUGCUGCUUAUUUAUUGACCCCUUGGUGCCCACUUGUCAGAUGGAAAACUGAGUCUGGGGAGGGGGCACCUCCUCCCCAAUCCCAACUGUGUGUUCCCUUCCCCUCGCUUCUUAGCUUCUGAAAUAAACAACUGUGUCCCAUG